AUGGCACCUGUUGGAGGUAAAAAGGCCAAGAAGGGCAUUCUAGAACGUUUAAAUGCUGGAGAGGUUGUGAUUGGAGAUGGAGGGUUUGUCUUCGCUCUGGAGAAGAGAGGCUAUGUGAAGGCGGGACCGUGGACCCCAGAAGCUGCUGUGGAACACCCAGAGGCAGUCCGCCAGCUUCACCGAGAGUUCCUCAGAGCUGGAUCAAAUGUCAUGCAGACCUUCACGUUUUAUGCGAGUGAGGACAAGCUGGAGAACAGGGGGAACUAUGUUGCAGAAAAAAUAUCCGGACAGAAAGUCAAUGAAGCUGCUUGUGACAUUGCCCGGCAAGUGGCUGACGAGGGGGACGCUCUUGUGGCAGGAGGUGUGAGUCAGACACCAUCAUACCUGAGCUGCAAAAGUGAAGGCGAAGUCAAGAAAAUAUUUCAGCAACAGUUAGAGAUCUUUAUGAAGAAGAAUGUGGACUUCCUGAUUGCAGAGUAUUUUGAACACGUGGAAGAAGCUGUGUGGGCAGUUGAGGCACUGAAAGCAUCUGGUAAACCAGUGGCAGCUACCAUGUGCAUAGGACCAGAAGGAGAUCUGCAUGGGAUAUCCCCCGGCCAGUGUGCAGUGCGGCUUGUUAAAGCAGGAGCCUCCAUCGUUGGUGUGAACUGCCAUUUUGACCCCACCAUUAGUUUGCAAACGGUGAAACUCAUGAAAGAAGGCCUGCAGGCUGCAGGACUGAAAGCCCACCUCAUGGCCCAGCCCUUGGCCUACCACACCCCCGACUGUGGCAAACAGGGCUUCAUUGACCUCCCAGAAUUCCCCUUCGGUCUGGAACCCAGAGUUGCAACCAGAUGGGAUAUUCAAAAGUAUGCCAGAGAGGCCUAUAAUCUGGGUGUCCGGUACAUUGGUGGGUGUUGUGGAUUUGAGCCCUACCACAUUCGAGCCAUUGCCGAGGAGCUGGCCCCAGAAAGGGGAUUUUUGCCACCAGCUUCAGAAAAACAUGGCAGCUGGGGAAGUGGUUUGGACAUGCACACGAAACCCUGGGUUCGAGCAAGGGCCCGGAAAGAAUACUGGGAGAAUCUCCGGAUUGCCUCUGGGAGGCCGUACAACCCUUCCAUGUCCAAACCUGAUAACUGGGGAGUGACCAAAGGAACCAGCGAGCUGAUGCAGCAGAGGGAGGCCACGACCAACCAGCAGCUGAAAGAGCUCUUUGAAAAACAGAAAUUCAAGUCUGCGCAAUAG